AUGGAGUCUUUUCUAGGUCUUGAUCUAACAAGGAACUAUUCCUUCUUCACAGUCCCAGCUGCGUUCCUCGUCAUAUCUCUUCCUCAUGCCUACACCAUCACCGUAGGCGCAAAAGGAACAUUCGACAGAUGCAGUCCCCGUUCUCACAAGAGCAACAUCGAAAACUGCUCCCACCUUGACAAGGCUAACAAGCAAUUCCUCCUGCGAGCAAAAGCAGCUACAGAGAACGGCUUCGAGACCCUCGGUCUCUAUGCAUCUGGUCUUGCAGCCGCAAACUUCGCAGGUGUUCCUACGCCUACCGUCAACGCAUUGGGCUUCGGCUACCUUGCGAGCCGUGUCGCGUACAACGUCGCCUACCUGUGGCUGCAGAUGGACCCCAGGUUGGCGAGAGUACGUAGCCUGGUGUGGGUGACGAGCAUUGCGUUUAUUGUCUCAUUGUGGGUAAAGGCUGGAAACAAGAUGCUCUCGCUGUAA